UAAAAAGCAGCAACUACUACCUGUCAUCAGGUUGUUACAGGAGGGGCCUAAUAAAAGCGGCAACUUCCUCGGGCCCACACGUCAGCCACCACGUGCAUCGUCCGGCCGGCGAGGUACCACCGCGGCAGCUAUCCUCCGGCGCCCACGAUUCCCACGCGAUUGGAUCCUCUCGCCGACCCAAGCAUCGUAGAAUCCCCUCACCAAGAAAAAUCAAGCGGGCAUACAAAGAGCGCGUGCGCAGUGCUAGGAGUAGUAGGUGGGCAGAUUGGUCGAACUUCGAAGGGGUUGGAGGCCUUCAGGCUUCAGCUAUGGCAUCAGUGGGAGGUGCAGGACGAGGAGAAGGGAAACGAGAUGGAGGGAAGGGAGAAGAGGGGUCGCUGGCUCGCAGGGCGUGGAGGCAGUACCUGCUCCAGCUCCAGCAACAUCCGCUCCGCACAAAGAUGAUCACGGCGGGGUGCCUCGCCGGCGUCAGUGACACCGUCGCGCAGAAGCUCUCCGGGUACCAGAAGAUUGAGAAGCGCAGACUCCUGCUCAAGAUGCUCUUUGGUUUUGCAUAUGGUGGCCCAUUUGGACAUUUCUUACACAAAAUUUUGGAUUAUAUUUUCCAAGGGAAGAAGGAUACCAAAACCAUAGCAAAGAAGGUGUUGCUGGAGCAAGUGACAUCUUCUCCAUGGAAUAACAUAUUGUUCUUGUUCUAUUAUGGAUAUGUUGUUGAGAGGAGGCCUUUGAAGGAGGUGACGACCAGGGUCAAGAAACAAUAUCCUUCUGUGCAAUUGAGCGCUUGGAUGUUUUGGCCGAUAGUUGGUUGGAUAAACCAUCAGUACAUGCCUUUACAGUUCCGUGUGAUCUUCCACAGCGUUGUCGCAUGCUGUUGGGGGAUAUUUCUGAACCUUCGUGCAAGGGCCAUGUCUCUGAAGCAGGCGUAGAUGGUUUAGAAGGAAGAAAUAGCAGCAUAGCUCCAACCCGGUACCAGAUGAAAUGAUUAUCAAGGAAGCUGGAUGCUGUUAUCCUGUAGUGUUCUGCACCCAAAUCGUUGCUGAAUCCAUUCAAGUAGUUGGGUUUUUUUUUACUAUUAAUUAUCUGGUACUGGUAGUAGAUUUAUUUGAUUGUCAACGCGUGCAAAGACAGAUGACCCUUACGUGGAUUGUGAAUUGUGAUGGAAGCAAAGUAUGGCGAAUUCGGCAACCUCUGAGAACCAGUGUUCAAUUUUCAGCUAUAAAUAGUCAUUGACUCAUGAGAUUGUUCCA